GGCCUUCCACUCGGAUGGAAAAGAAAGAAAAGAGAUCUGUUACUUUUGCUUAUUUUAUUAUCAAUCUCAAGUAAACGUAGAGCUUGUGCUAUUUCCACAUUUUGUUGAGAUCUUUAGUAAAAUUCCUGUGCUGUUGAUCUCUAACUCUAAUGGCAUCCACCAGUAAAGUGGAGCCAUCUGGUGGAGGAGACAAUAAAGAAGAAGAAGAAGAAGAGGGGGAAGAGCUGGAGCGAUUUGAUGAUUUUACACUCGCGUCUUCAUGGGAAAGGUUUAUAUCAGAAAUAGAGGCAGUUUGUCGGAAAUGGUUAGCUGAUGGUCCAAAGAAUUUAUUGGAAAAAGGCGCAGUUCAAUUGGAGUUCUCACAGAAAUUAUAUAAGGUCAAAUUUGAGCUGAGAUAUGCUAUGAAAAGCUAUAGCAUGGAAUAUUAUUUUGAAACGAACAGUGGCGGCAAAAUAGCAGAUUGGGAUGGCAACUUGCAUGAUCUGCAGUUAUGCUUUGGUGUAAAGGAAUUUCUGGUCAUUGCACCUCAAAGUGCUAGUGGCGUGGUUCUUGAUGCACCAGAGGCCAGCAAGCUCUUAAGUGCAGUUGCAAUUGCUUUGUCAAAUUGUUCCAGCUUGUGGCCAGCAUUUGUUCCAGUACAUGAUCCCUCUCGAAAAGCUUAUAUUGGAAUUCAGAAUAUGGGAACUGUUUUCACUAGAAGAUUUGAAGCAGAUCUUAUUGGUAGCCAAGUCCCUGUAAAGCUUAUGCAUUUGGAAGGCUUAUAUGAGUUAUUUGUUUCUAAGUUUGCUUACACAACACUGGAUUAUGCAAUGCGUCUUUUCAAAGUUCAUUUUACAAUGAAAUCAACAUACAGAACCAUUCUCAAUGAUGAUGAUGACAGUGAUAUCCAGAGUCCUGCUGCUGAAAUUGAAGAAUCUCGAAGGAAUCCUAGUGGUGAUGCUGACACCCGCAAUGCGUCACAGUGGGAUGAUGAUUGUCCUUGGAGCGAGUGGUACUCUGCAGAGGACCCAGUAAAAGGACUUGAAUUAAUUGCCACAUGGUCGGAGAAGAUGGUUGAAAGCUCUCUUGAAAUGGCUGAAAUAGAAAAUGCUUCACCUCAUGAUGCUGAAAAGUGGAUGAUACUUCCGAUCUUGUCUCCAAAUCUUGAUAGUUCAGAAGGAAACAGAAUUGGAUUUGCUUCUCAAUUGCGCCUUUUGGUUAAUGCAUUGGAUAUGUCUUUUGCCGCUCAAUUCAUGGAGGAUUUUGUAUCAGCAGUUGAAAACCUAGGUUCUGAUAAUCUCAAGGCCUCACUGGUUGUACCGCCACCAACAGUAAUGGAUCGUGUGUUCAAAGAUCUUUUUCAUGAGGGAUCUCAACUCCCGGAUUUCGCUGCAGGCGAGCAUAAAAGUUCUAGAGCUGUUAAAGGUGCACCUCUGGAAUCUCUUUUUGCACAGUUUUGCCUGCAUUGUCUAUGGAUUGGGAACUGCAACAUACGCGCUAUUGCUGUGCUCUGGGUAGAGUUUAUUCGAGAGGUCCGUUGGUGUUGGGAGGAGUCGCAACCAUUGCCUAAAGUGCCUGUCAAUGGUUCAAUUGACCUUUCAACUUGUUUGAUUCACCAGAAAUUGCAAAUGCUUGCUAUAUGCAUUGAGAAGAAGUGUGAACUGAACGAAGAUUUCCAAGACUGUGUAGAAAGCAAUGAUCAGGCUUAUGCUGAUAUAAAGGGAGAUGGUCCAGUAGGAAACGUGGCAACUCAUAUACCCAGUGAAGAGAUUGAUGGGAUUCGUGACAGCCCCUUGAUACAGGAUGGCUUGCAUAGAUCUGAACCGCUGAUAUCAAAAUCUACUAUGAAGCAUGAAGAUGGAUUCUCCAGUGAUCUCAAACCUCCAGACCGUUCUAGGAGAGGCUCAGCUGGCGUGGUUGGAACCAUGAUGCUUCUGAAGUCAUAUCAGAGCAUGCAUGCCCCUUUCACACAGGAUCCACCACUUAUGACAGAAGACAUGCACGAAGAACGACUGCAGGCUGUUGAAGUCUUCGGUGAUUCUUUUAGCUUUUCUGCUCAGUUGGAGAGAGAUAUCUUAUCAUCAGACAUGUCAGCAUUCAAAGCAGCAAAUCCUGAUGCUGUCUUUGAGGAUUUUAUUCGGUGGCAUUCUCCGGGAGAUUGGGAAAAUGAUGAGAGUGCAGCAAGCAGACCAUCCAAAAGUUCGAUGGAUUGUUUGAAGGAUGAUUGGCCUCCUCGAGGACGACUUUCGCAACGAAUGUCUGAGCAUGGGAACUUGUGGCGAAAAAUCUGGAAUGAUGUACCUGCAUUACCAGCUUAUGAGCAGAAACCAUUUCUGGAUCCAAACCGAGAAGGAGAGAAGAUCCUUCAUUACUUGGAGACAUUACGACCCCAUCAACUGCUGGAGCAAAUGGUCUGUACUGCCUUCAGAGCAUCAGCUGACACACUGAAUCGGACUAAAUUUGGAGGAUUGAAACAAAUGACAGUCAAAAUUGAACAAUUUUACCGUACUAUGAUUUCUAUGUUGAAGCGUCUGCAAACAAAUAGUAUAUCUGGCAACGGUGAGACGAUUGAAGACCUAAGACAAUUGUGUGACAUCUUUGAACAUGUUGAGAAGUUGCUUACGCUUGCAACUUCUCUUCAUCGUAAGUUCAUGAAAGCACCGCGUCUGUCUGAGGAAAUUUUCUCCGACUACUAUAACUAUUAUACUCCAAGAAUGGGAACAGGCUCCUUGGAUGUUGAUCAAAGGGAGUUCGGAAUGAAGCAGAAAGUAAGCAUGCACGAGAGACGGGUGGUAUCAAAUAUGUUCGCACCACCUAGUGCUAAUCAGACAUGGAGAAAAGUAUUAAGCAUGGGUAAUCUUCUCAACGGGCAUGAGCCGAUCGCGAGGGAAAUAAUAUUUUCCAUGCGUGAUAGCUUGAGCAACCAUCAUUAUGCCGCGCAAUCUCCGAUGGGCAUUGAACAAGAAAUGGAGACAUAUAGAAUGUACAUAUGUGGAACCUCAAAUGAUCUCCGUGUAGCACUUUCUGUUACCUCAUGCGAUUAAUUUUUUAGUGAUCUUACAUAAUAAUCAUCUGUCUCUUGUAUUCAUUUGAUUUCCAUCAUUUUUCUUAAAAUGUAUGUUCUGGAAUGUUUUGGCAUGAUGCCGCCGGGCGGCUCUAUUCGGUGCAUAGAGCUGUUCAACGAAACAAUUGAAUAGGUGCUAUAAUGAAAGCAUAAUGGACGGCUAGAAGGAAAUUUAACUCCA